GGCUCUCUCUCAUAACCGUCAACGUUUUGUCUUCUUCUCUUCUUCUUCUUCUUCUGUGUUGCAGGUGCCGCAGACAUGGAUGUGGGCUCGCUCGCCGCUGCAGGCGGCAUUGUCGCGCUCGGCAUCUUGUUCCUUGGCGUCAUGCACCCAGAUAUGGACUUCCCUUUCAUUGGGACGGCGGUGAUCCUGGCGGCGACGUCGGCGUACUUUGGGCUGCACGACGCCAAGACGCGCUCCCAGGACAAGAACCGGAGGAGAAAGGCAGAGAGCGCGUUCAAGGCCAUACGCGACAAGUACGCGUCCAUUGAGGAGGUCUCUGACGCCAUCCGCGAGUGCGGGUUGGAGUCGUGCAACCUCAUCGUUGGCGUUGACUACACAAAGUCAAACGACUUCCAAGGGCGGCGGACGUUUGGUGGCAAAAGCCUACACCACGUCGAUGUCACGGGGGAGAUUGAGAACCCAUACCAGCAGGUCAUUCGGGUCAUCUGUCAAACACUGUCGCAGUUUGAUGAGGACCACCUAAUCCCUGCCUUUGGCUUUGGCGACAUCACAACACAGGGGCACAGCGUCUUUCCCUUCAUCAAGGACAGGCCGUGCGAGACCUUCCAUGAGGUAUUGAAGGUGUACAAGCAGAUCACUCCCAUGAUCACGCCGUCCGGGCCCACCAACUUUGCACCGCUCAUUCGCAAGGCCAUUGAGAUUGUGAAGGAGGCGCGGAACUUCCACGUGCUCCUCAUCAUCGCUGAUGGCCAGGUCACCACCCCCAAGGACACCAUCGCAGCUAUCGUGGAGGCGAGCAACUACCCGCUGUCCAUCGUCAUGAUCGGUGUUGGCGACGGACCCUGGGACAUGAUGAAGGAGUUUGAUGAUCGGUUACCGGAGCGGCGGUUCGACAACUUCCAAUUUGUCAACUUCCACGAGGUGAUGCGGUCAAGCGAGCGGUGUGAGGCGACGUUUGCGCUGCGGACGCUGAUGGAGAUACCAGACCAAUUCAAGGAGAUUCGACGACUGAACCUUAUCUGAAGACACCCACACGCGCAUACACACAGGCACACACAUACGCGUACACACAUACACACACAUACACACACAUACUCCCUGCCCUCUCAAAGUAGAUGCACAAACACCUAUCGCCAGCACGCUCACCACCACCUGUCGUCAAUGACGUGUACGCUUUCAUGUCAAAUGUGGCGACGCCCACUUGCGCGUUUUGGUUUUUUACCUUCUCCUCCACUUCUGUCAUCGCAUGGUGAUGUAUGAUCUCGACAUAUUCAGUCUCCCUCUGUGUAUGUGUUACUGUCUCCGCUUCCCCUUUGUGUGCAUUGUCAUCUCAUCUCAUGCCCAUGUUCUGGCACCUUCUCUUCUCUGGAUAGCUGUUAGUCGCAUUCUUUCCCUUCGUGCAUUCAACAUACCUCACUGCUUGUUACAACGUUUGUUGUUGUAGUGCAAACAAUGGCAGACACACAAUCAUGUUCCUUCACUCCUGCAUGUCACAACACACCAGAACCGGCACACAUGCGCACGCUUCUUGUGUGAUUGGUUGUUUGUUUCUUUCGGCUUCGCUUUCGUUUAUGAUGGUCGGUUAUCAGCGCUAUGUGAAUGAACGCUACACGCACCAUGCUCACUCGUAAACAGACGUGCGCACG